AUGGUUGGCUCCGACACCAUCUACCAUUCCGAGAAGAACUUGCGCGACCCCUUGACGAGAUCACUGAUUGGCAGUUUUGAUGAGCCAUCCACAUUCUCUGGUGGCUUUGAACAGUACGUCAUGGCCAAGUUCUAUUUGGCCUGGUUUGUCGAGAAGCUCGCCACACAAGUCUCGGCCGACCAUGUAAUUGUCAACAUGGCCAUGCCUGGACUCUGCAAAGGAACAGCAUUUAUUCGCCCGCCCCAUGAUACAUGGUACAUGAAGCUUGCUCUGGCGUUGAUGGGAAAGACUGCCACGAGAGGAGCAAAUGCGAUAGUUACUGCUGCUGUCGUACUUUCAAAAGCAAGUCACGGUGGACUGAUCAAUGAAGGAAAUAUCAAGCCGUAG